AUGCUGGACAUAAACCAGGACUGGCUGGACCAGACCGCCAACGACUUGCGAGAGCUUGGCGGCGACAACGCCGUGCUGCCCAUCAUCGCCGACGUCACCGACCCGGAAUCGGUGGAAAGCGCCGUAGCCCGGACGAUCGAAGAAAUGGGCGGCCUGCACAUCCUGGCGCAUCUGGCAGCAACACCGGAUUCUGGGACAUCGACCCCAGCGCCUGGCUUCGAUGUCAUUGACGUCAACCUGAGCGGUCCGUUCCUGAUGUCCCACGCCGUGUCCGGGCACAUGCUGGAGCAGGGUUACGGCCGGAUUAUCGGCGUGACCACCAGCAUGGACACCAUGUGGCGUAAGGGCGGCGCGCCCUACGGACCGUCCAAGGCGGGCCACGAGGCGUUGAUAUCGAUUAUGGCUCAGGACCUCGAAGGAACUGGGGUCACCGCCAACGUGCUGACCCCCGGCGGAGCCACCGCCACCAACAUGGUGCUGCCGCCGGAAGGGGCCGGCCCCGAGAUCGCUGAUCCAGCCGGAGGGGGACCAAUGACCACAGGGCCUGACCUCGACGCAGCAACGCUUACCGCCGCGGAGUUGCUGGGACGCGCCGCGGAGCUAGUGCCUCGUACUCAAGGAGCGCGCGGCCCGCACCGAGGAAUUGCGGCGAGUGCCCGCCGAAAUGUGAGCGACCUGCUGUCCUCGGGACUUUACCGCAUCGGAGUGCCCAAGCGCUUCGGCGGCAUCGACGGGGACUACGGCCUCAUUUUUGACGUCGCCGCCGAGUUGGGCCGUGGCUGCGCUUCCACCGCAUGGUGCUACUGCCUCUGGGCGGCCCACGCCUGGCUGGUUGGCUAUUGGCGCUGCGGCGCAAGAGAAGUGUUCGGCGCCAGCCCGGACGCGCUCUGCUCCAGCUCACUGGGUCCCGGCAAGUCGACCUGUCUGCCUACCGUUGAGGGCGGGUACCGCCUAUCCGGAAGAUGGGAGUUCUCCAGCGGCUGCGACUCUGCAAGCUGGUUGAUUCUGGGGGUAUCCGGCAUCGGCGAGCGCAACUGGGUUCUCGUGCCGCGCAGCGACUUCGAAAUUAUUGAUAAUUGGUUCGUCUCCGGCCUGCGCGGCAGCGGAGCAAGGAUGUCGUGGUUGGAGACGCUUUGUGCCUUACCACCGUGUCCUGGACGUGACCUCUGCGGGCGACGGUGA